AGUUGUACGAAUGAACUCAGGCUGCAGACACCUGGUGAUAGCACAGCAAAGCUCCAGCUUUGCACUCCUAAAAGAAAGAAUACAGGCUGCGUGAUCAGUCCGUCCGUGUCUAUCUUGCACGUCGGUGCUCCCAAGACGUUAGAGAAGGAAAAAAAACAAAUCACGGAAUACACAGCAGAGUACGAUGACUUUGGUAUUUGGAAAUGGCGACCUCAAGGUGUAAUCGUCAAGUUCCUUAGCUUUGCACCGAACGACACGAGCAGGAACAUCAUCAUCAUCACGGCAAAGUUACGUUGCCAAAUCUCUGCUGACAAUUGCAUACUCAAUUCUUGAAGCAUUCCUUCGUAUCCGCGGAGAGUCGCUGCUGCUUCUGACAAUUAUUAUUUUGUGUUUAAAGCAGCAGCGAGUGCAUCGUUAAUUGUAUCGUUUGGGACGUGAAUCGUCCACGUAUACGCUGUAAGAGGUAUCGUUCGCUUGGAGACGCAACUAGCACAGUUACUACAUUUUAACGUUUCCUGGGGAAACGACAAGGAUUGUGGCUAUAAUUAUGCUACAGCUGAUAUCUGUUUUCCUAAGAUUAGUUAAAUGUUGAAGCUUCGGUUGUCCCUCGAAAGCGGAACAAAACAUUGUUUCGAAGAGGAUUUUGCGCGCUGGUCCCGCGAAUAAUAAGCUAAUUUUCUAGUGAUUGUGAUACUCAUGAGUUUGAAGUGGUUAUUGUGUGCUCUCAGCAAGCCAUCACCAGCUCAUUUACUCAUUUUACACGUGCCUUCGAGGAUGCCACAGCUCUGACGUUCCGUUUGCUUAUUUGAUGGUUGCCGUCACGACAAUUGCUGAUACAUUUUAACAUCAUUUAUAGUCCUAACCAAUUGAUGGAAUAAUAGGUUACUUUUGUCCAGAAAGUAUUGGUAGGAAAUAUGUCCCAGCUUAAUUUGAGCACAGGCAAAAGCCGUCGAGGUGUACCGAGUGCCUCAACAUCAUCAGUAGCAUCAAUGAACAGCUCUACAGAUUUGGCAAGUUUGUUUGAAUGUCCUGUUUGCUUCGACUAUGUUUUGCCACCCAUUCUGCAGUGUCAGAGUGGUCAUUUGGUUUGCAGUAAUUGUAGACCUAAGCUCACAUGCUGCCCAACUUGUAGAGGACCAUUAGGAAAUAUACGUAACCUAGCAAUGGAGAAAGUUGCUAGCAACGUUAUGUUCCCAUGCAAAUACUCGACCAGUGGUUGUGCUGUUACAUUGGUGCAUACAGAAAAGCCCGAUCAUGAAGAUGCUUGCGAAUUCCGUCCUUAUAGUUGUCCUUGUCCAGGUGCCUCAUGUAAAUGGCAAGGAUCUUUAGAAUUGGUGAUGAACCAUCUGGUUUGCAGUCAUAAGAGUAUUACUACCCUUCAAGGUGAAGACAUAGUUUUUCUGGCAACAGAUAUUAAUUUACCAGGGGCCGUAGACUGGGUUAUGAUGCAGUCUUGUUUUGGACAUCAUUUUAUGCUUGUAUUGGAGAAGCAAGAGAAGUAUGAUGGGCAUCAGCAGUUUUUUGCAAUUGUGCAGCUGAUUGGAUCAAGAAAACAGGCUGAAAAUUUUGCAUACAGGCUGGAACUCAAUGGCCAUAGGCGAAGGUUAACGUGGGAGGCGAUGCCACGCUCCAUUCACGAAGGAGUGUCCUCAGCCAUCCUCAACUCUGACUGUCUUGUCUUUGAUACUUCCAUCGCCCAAUUGUUUGCCGAUAACGGCAAUCUCGGCAUCAAUGUCACCAUAUCGAUGGCAUGAGGCAAAGCUACCUCUUCUAGCUUCUGAACUCAUCUCGACACCGUUAAUCUAAACAAACGACAUUCGGUGUGAGUUUUCUCAGAAACACGAACAAUAAAUAUUGAUUACACUUGAUUUAAGUGUAUGACUAUGUAAAUCUGUAUGUGUGUCUGUUAAUAUGCGUGUGUGUAUGUGUGUGUGUGUGUGUGCGUAAGUGAAGUGCAUAAACAUAUAAAGAUAUAUAUAUAUAUAGAGAAAAAAGAGUAUAUAUAUAUAUAAUAUUAUAUUAGCUUUGCUUCGCGAAUAUUUCUUACGUCUACGUUAAGUUUUCUGAUGUGACUGCUUUUCACAAUUUCAACGAAGUUUCAUAGUAUGACAAUGAUGGUUUUUUUAUUUUGUUAAAGACAAAAACUAAAAUGUAUUUCAUUCAUUCAUUUAUCCAAAAAAUAUAAUCGUAAAGGAAUGCGUUCUGUAACACAUAUUAACACUGCGUUGUUUAAGAAUUUUAACUUAUAUAACAAAUUGUGUUUGUUUAUAUUUGUAAUAAACACUUCUUUUUCAAUUCAUUGUUCCGCUUCCUAAAGGAUACAUAAUUAACUAACUUUUUUUACUUAAUAGCUCAAAAUUUUUUCUAUAAAAAAGAUGAAAUUUCAUCUAAUAUAAAUCAAAUAAUCAUUUUUGUAUAAUAAAUAAUUUGUUAAAUGAAUUUUGAUGGAUAAAAUGAAAACAAAGUUUACAUGUGAUUAUAUAACUAUCUUAGUCGCAUCAAAUCUUGAAAAUUUUCCGUCAUAAAUAUGUUUAUUUUAUACCAUCCCAUUGGUUUGAAAAAAAUGUCUACAUGUGUUCAAUUUUUAACAACAUUCAUUGUAAAUUAAGAAAGUAUCGUGAUCAAUGGGAUGUCUCGACUGAAUUGUAAAUUAUUGCAUCGUAAAAUUAAUUAUAGUUGUAUAAAUAAAACUAAAUAAGCUAUCGAUAUUGCUAUUAACAACAAGAUGACGACAUUAAUGAUAAUACAAAUGUUAAGAGCCACAUUAUAAAGUACUGAUGCGACAUUUUUCACAAGCGAAAAUUUAAUAUUUAAGUUUCUUCUUUCGAUGAUUUACACGCUUUUUGCUGCGCCGGAUACAGUUUACAGAUAAAAUUAUGAAGUUUACACUUUGCAAUUUAUUACAGAAUUUAUGUAUUUCAGUUUACCAGAAUAUUGUAGGGUAUAUUUACGUUAUAAUCUAAAAAUCAUAGAAACAGUUAAAAGUAAAUGAUGUUGCUUUGAAUUUGCAUAAAUCUAAAUGACAAUUAUACAUUCUAAACAAGAGUUUCUGUGACAGUGCUUAUAGCAAAAUGAAUAGAAAAAUCAAAUGAAAAUCGACUCAAUCUUAAAGUAACCAAAAAGUCUUCAAAUUUGAACUUGUGAAAAGUAUACUGCAUCAUAAAAUCUCUAAAGAAAAAGUAUAAGAACAAUUUAUUUCAUCGGACAUUAGUAACAACUUCAAGUUAGAAAUAUGACUUUUGCAAACGAUUUUAACCAUUUGACAAUGUUCGGCUCAGUAAGGAGACUAAGUCCAACUCAAUCAUAUUUGAUAUUCAUAAUGUACAGCUCACCAAUUUGUAAAUAAUUUUGCAAGUUAUGCAAUUCUUUUUAGACUUGACGGAAAGUAACAUACGUAUCCAUUGACGAACGAACUUAAAGUAAAGAUAAUGUAAUUUUCAAUUGAGCGAAGACUGCUCUACCGUCUCUUUUACUUUUCGUCUAUCGAAAGCCACUGCAUAUUCGACUGUACAUAAAACGUAUCUUGUAAAAUAAAACACUUUUUCAUGAAAUCUAUCUCGA